AUGGUACCCAGCCUAAUCACACCGCCUCCAAGCCGCUCUGGAGAAGCCACACUACCAAAAGAUGCCUGUCUGAACCCGGUCAACGUUGCCGAACCCGAGGGUCACUGGAUUAAGCUUCCAGAAGCACUGUUCUCGUCGAUUAUGGCAGUGGAACCAGAAGUCAAUCCCUUGUACAGGACAUCGAAAGCUUUAUCAGACGAAUGGCUGAAAACCGCAUUGCGCAUGAACGAUAAGACAGCGGCCAUCUGGAGUCGGCUUGACAUUGCCUACAUGAGCGCAAUAUGCGCCCCGCAUGCUGAUCUCGAAACACUUAAGCUGAUGAAUGACUGGAAUGGAUGGGUCUUUGCAUUCGAUGACCCCUUUGACGAGGGAACAUUUGCCAAUGACCCCAUCAAAGCGGCUGAAGAAGUCAUCUAUACACUCGCGACCCUCGAUAAUAUCCAUCCCGUAGUAUCACCCGACGAGAACCCAUUGCGACAUACCCUCCAAUCCUGCUGGAUGCGUUUCAGAGAGCGAUCGAGCCCAAGUCUACAGUACAGAUGGAAGAAGCACCUUACCAUGUACUGUGUCGGCGUGCUGCAGCAGGUUGGCGUCCAGCAUAGGGCGACACGGCCUACAAUCGAAGAGUACAUGGACAUGCGCGCUGGUUGCGUAGGAGCUUACCCCUGCAUUGGGCUCAUGGAGUUUGCCGAAGGCAUCGAUAUCCCCCAAUACGUCAUGGACCAUCCCUCAAUGCAGGCGAUAUCACGAAUCACCUGCGAUUUAGUCACAUUGCAAAACGACUUGUGCUCGUACCGAAAAGAUUUGAUCCAGGGUGAAGAGAGUAACAUCAUCUUCAUCCUGAAGGAUCAGGGCAUGACUGAUCAGCAAGCCGUUGACCAGAUUGGGGAGAUGCUCUAUGACUGCUACCGAAGAUGGCACAUGGCCUUGGCGAAUCUGCCGUUCUGGGGUGAGGGCAUUGACAGGGAUGUCAUAAAGUUUGUCAAUGGAUGCCGAAAUAUCGCACUCGGUAACCUUCACUGGAGUCUAUACACAUUCAGAUAUCUUGGAAACGAUGGCCCAGAAGUCAAGAGGACUCGUAUGAUGAAGCUCCCUUAG